AUGUCAUUGACGACUUUUCAACAAGUUUUCAUCCUUAUUGUUGUUCCAUUUGUCUACAAUAUCGCAUGGCAAUUGUUAUAUUCAUUAAGAAAAGAUCGUGUGCCACUUGUGUUUUAUUGGAUUCCAUGGUUUGGUUCUGCUGUUGGGUAUGGCCAACAACCAUAUGAAUUUUUUGAGCAGUGUCGUCAAAAGUAUGGAGAUGUGUUUGCCUUUGUGUUGUUGGGUAAGGUUAUGACUGUUUACUUGGGUCCUAAGGGACACGAAUUUAUUCUUAAUGCCAAGCUUUCCGAGGUAUCAGCCGAAGAAGCUUACAAACAUUUGACUACUCCAGUAUUUGGUAAAGGUGUUGUGUAUGAUUGUCCAAAUCAAAGAUUGAUGGAGCAAAAGAAGUUUGCCAAAUUUGCUUUGACAACCGACUCGUUUAGAAAGUAUGUUCCUUUGAUUAGAGAAGAGGUCUUGAACUACUUUACAAGCAAUUCAAAUUUCAAUAUGAAAAACCAAAAAUCUGGUGUUGCUGAUGUCAUGAAGACCCAACCGGAAAUCACCAUUUUUACUGCGUCAAGGUCCUUGAUGGGCAAAGAGAUGAGAUCAAGAUUCGAUGAGUCAUUUGCGGAAUUGUAUUCGGACUUGGACAAAGGAUUUACCCCAGUUAAUUUCGUGUUCCCCAACUUGCCAUUGCCCCACUAUUGGAAAAGAGAUGCUGCUCAGCAAAAGAUUUCUUCGACCUACAUGAAGGAAAUCACGAAAAGAAGACAAGCCGGUGCUAUUGAUGGCGAUGAGGACUUGAUCAGCUCCUUGAUGGUGCACUCAACUUAUAAGGACGGAGUGAAAAUGACUGACCAAGAAAUUGCAAACUUGUUGAUUGGUAUCUUGAUGGGUGGACAACACACCAGUGCCUCUACUUCAGCAUGGUUCUUGUUACAUUUGGGAGAUAAACCAGAAUUGCAGGAGCAGUUGUACGAAGAGAUCCAACAAGCUUUGCAAUCCAAGGGGGGAAACUUGAGCGAUUUGUCUUAUGAAGAUUUACAAAAAAUGACAUUGGUCAACAACACGAUUAAAGAAACAUUGAGAAUGCACAUGCCAUUACAUUCAAUCUUUAGAAAAGUUAUGUCACCAAUGGUUGUUCCUGGCACCACUUAUGUUGUGCCCAAGGGCCACCAUGUUUUAGUCUCUCCUGGUUAUGCCCACACCAAUGAAAGAUACUACAAAAAUGCCAACCAAUUUGAUCCACACAGAUGGGACAACGCCAACAUGUCAAACAAGGAUUCUGACGAAGUUGACUAUGGUUUCGGUAAAGUUUCCAAAGGUGUUGCAUCUUCAUACUUGCCAUUUGGUGGUGGAAGACACAGAUGUAUUGGUGAGCAAUUUGCUUACGUGCAAUUGGGAACUCUUUUGACUACAUUUAUUUACAAUAUCAAAUGGAAGUUGAAAGGUGGCCACGUGCCACAUGUUGAUUACGCUUCAAUGGUUACACUUCCUGAGCUGCCUGCUGAAAUCGUUUGGGAAAAGAGAGACACUUGCGUUGUUUGA